AUGAAGCUCAUCCUUUCCACCUCCAAUAUCAUGACCGCAGGCGGUCCCUCCGUCAUCCGACCAACGACCUCGAAAUCAAACGUCGAACUCAUCAAUUCCCUACGAGCAAACUUUCUCGCCGCGCAACAAGCCACCCCACCAGCCUCGGAAAAAUCCAACGGCAACGGAAACACAUCCUUACCAUCCUGGACAAAACAAGAAGAUGACACCCUAUAUAUUCCCGCAAUCGACUUCUCGCAGCACGGCCUCGCCGAAGAACGAUCCCAGUACGACAUCACCGUGAAACUCUUCUAUCUCCCCGGAAUCCCCGUCUCGCGACGCUGCGCGCAUACACGGCAGGCUAUCGAGCUGGUCCUCAAGGAACUACACGUUGACUCGAUCGAUCUACUUAUCGUCUCGUUCCCGGGGAUACUCUUCGAUGCGGAGGACGACAGCGAAGAAGAGAUUUCGUCAGUCGACGACGGCAGCAGCACCGAACAGGCCGACGACUUCGACAGCACGAUCCAGACGUGGCGCACGCUCGAGUCACUCCACGAACAAGGGAAGAUCGCACAGCUGGGCGUUGCGGAGUUCGGGAGUGAGCGGCUUGCGAGGUUCCUUCCGCAUACAAAGGUCAAGCCGUCGGUUGACCAGAUCAAUUUGAAGGACUGCUGCGUUGUCCCGAAGAGCUUGAUUCUUUACGCGAAGCAGGAGAAGAUCGAUCUGCUGACGCAUAAUGAUUGUAAUGAUAUCUUGCCUGUUGGGACGACGAGGGAGCUCCUAGGGCCUGGGGAGCGCGGUGCGGGUAUUCUUGCAUCUGCGCCGGACGCCAGUGAUGGGUUGCAGGGGGAUAUCGAGACGCAGUGGGUGGUCAAGUAUACGGCUGUUGUCAAGGAUCGGGGGGUUGUUGAGAACAAGGGAUACUUUGCGCUUGCGGAUGUAGGGAGCUGUGUGAAGCCAAGCCAGUCGACCUGA